CUGCUUUAUAUUUCUUCUUGUUCUGUAAACCCUUCGAGGGUUGAGAUUGCUUUUUCACCUCUUGAUUCUCUAAUCAAAAGCACGAACAAACUCAUAAUCACUGCAAAGGCGCGUCUGCCCAUUCCAUUGUACUUAUGGCUUAUGUGGAUGAUGAUGGUUCGUCGGGCUCUGGAGAUGAUGUCAACAUGCUGGAUGGACACAGCAAGCGUCAAUCUGUGACGCCAGGAGGUUCUGGUCGUGGGAAGAGGAGUCGUAAGGCUACUGGUGAUGCCAUUGUGGAUGCUAUGCUGGAAAUUGCUGCUGCUUCUAAAAUGAGGGCAGCUGCUAUUAUGAAGAAUGAGGAUCGGUUUUCUAUAUGCAAAUGCAUCAAGGUAUUGGAUGAGAUGCAAGGUGUUGAUCAACGGAUUUACUUUCUUGCCUUGGAUUUAUUUGAGAACCCCAAUGCCAGGGAGAUAUUUAUCUCACUAAAGAGUGAGAAAAGGUUACCAUGGUUGCAGGGAAAAUGUAACGCGACCCCUAGCUGAAUUAGUUUUGAUUGACUCUUUUAGUAGUGUAUUUUUCCUAGUCACUGAUAAUGGUUAUGCUUUGUAUGUAGAAAGUACUCAAGAAACCCCAUGCAGCUGUAACUAGUUUGACUAUUAAUGGCUGUUUUGCAAGUUUAAUGAUCUUAAAUGAUAGAGAGCACUGUGACUUUCCAUUGUUUGGUUAA